AUGGAUGUAUUGCUGAAAAACAACUCCUUGCUACCAGUCAAUAUUUCCUCUGGCACAGGAGCCUUGGAGGAGGGAGAGACAGCUAUAGGGGUUUACCUUCUACUUUUAGGGUGGUUGUCAUGGCUGGGAAAUGGAGCUGUUAUCUGUCUGCUGUGCAGUCGUCACCACUUUCUGGAUCCCCAAGAUCUCCUGACUUUUAAUCUUGCUGUGUCUGAUGCUGGGAUCUCCAUUUUUGGCUACUCACGGGGAAUUGUGCAGCUCUUUCAUGGAAUGGGCAGUGAAGGCUUCCUGGUCAACUCCAUCUGGACGUGCAAAGUUGAUGGAUUUUUGAUUCUCCUCUUUGGCCUGAUUAGUAUUAACACACUGACUGCAAUUAGUCUACUACGAUAUAUAAAGGGAUGUCGGCCACACCAGGCUCAAAGUGUGAACAAGCAGAGUGUUGCAGUGGCUCUUGUCUUUAUCUGGAUAUCUUCCAUUGUCUGGUCUGGAUCACCAGUACUGGGAUGGGGCAGCUUCACAGAACGGAAGUAUGGCACAUGUGAGAUUGACUGGGCUCAGGCAACUAGUUCCAUUAGCUACAAAUUAUAUGUUAUUGGGGUCUUCUUGUCAGGAUUCUUCAUUCCAGUGUCCAUCAUGGUCUUCUGCUACGUAUCCAUAAUCAGAACAGUUCAAGAAAGCCACAGAAACUCACAGGGAGGGGAAGUCAGCCAGCGGCAGCUCGCUAUGGAAAGAGACAUUACUCGGGUUUCAUUUGUCAUCUGCACAGCCUUCCUGCUUGCCUGGUCUCCAUAUGCUGUAAUUUCUAUGUGGUCAGCCUGCGGUUUUCAGGUUCCAGCUAUAACCAGUGUGGCAGCCACUCUUCUUGCUAAGUCAGCCAGCUUCUACAACCCAAUCAUCUACUUGGGACUCAGCCCAAAAUUCAGAGCAGAUAUGCGGACUCUAUUGUGCUGCAGUCACCAGGAGAGGAAGUCACAAUUGACCUGCAAGGAACCAGUUAUUAUCUGAACUCAAGACAAGAAAAUUGGAACUUAUAAGUGUAAAUAAUGUUUGUGGGGAACUAUCCUCCACUCUGCCACAUCCUGUUUAGGCAGAAAGAUGACAGCAUUUUUCCUGUAACUUGCAAAUAUUAAAAGCUAUGCUAUCUUA